AUGGUGGACCCUGUAAUUGCUAUAGCAGGAACCCCUGUUUCUAGCCAGGCUAGAAGCAAGAUUGCAGAAGAUAGCAAUUUUUCUCCGAAAGCCAGCACCAGUAAGCUGCCGACAGAUGCGUCUCCCGACUCCAAGUGUCCCAUCUGCCUGGACAGAUUUGACAACGUGGCGUAUCUGGAUCGCUGCUUGCACAGGUUCUGCUUCCGCUGCGUGCAAGAGUGGUCCAAGAACAAAGCAGAAUGCCCGCUCUGCAAGCAACCCUUCUUUUCCAUUUUCCACACGAUUCGUGCUGAAGAUGACUUCAAGGAGUACAUCCUCAGCCCUUUAGAAACAAGCUCUUUUGCCAGCCCCGACGGCCGGAGGUUUCGUUACCGCACCACCUUGACGAGGGAACGCCGCGCGCGUGGUUCCCCUUCCCGAAGGAUGCCGUCCCCUCCGGAUAACGGGAUGUUGUUUGAAGGGCUGUCGAGCGAGCCGGCGCGACACAGGCACAGGGAGAUUCAGCAGAUGCUCAGGAGGCUGGCCUCAAGGAGGAAGGCCAGCGCGGAGGGCAGAUCUCUGCGGCAGAUCCAGGAGGAGGACAUGAUCGCCUUCCGCAGGGCUCUGUACCGCACCGGCGUGCGCAUCCGCAGCAUCCAGGACGGCGGCCGAUACCGAGAGAUUUCGGCCGAGUUCUUCCGCCGCAACCCUGCUUGCCUUCACCGCCUGGUUCCUUGGCUGAAGCGAGAGCUUACGGUCCUGUUUGGUGCCCACGGGUCUCUGAUCAACAUUGUGCAGCACAUCAUCAUGAGCAACGUAACCAGGUACGAUCUGGAAAGCCAGGCCUUUGCUGAGGACCUGAAGCCAUUUCUGCUGAAUCGGACAGAGCACUUCCUGCACGAAUUCAUCAGUUUUGCUCGUUGUCCUUUUAACUUAGAAGCAUACGAUCAGCACGCCAAUUACGACUGUCCUGCCCCGUCGUAUGAGGAAGGAAGCCACUCAGACUCAUCAAUUAUUACAAUAUCUCCCGAUGUGGCGUACCCGCAAGGGCCCGAUAAUAGUUUGUCUGUUCCUGGCCUUGGUCAGGCCCCGUGGGAUGACGAAACUCCGGGGCCUUCCUAUUCCGUUUCAGAAGAGGUUCGUGCAACCAUAGCUUCUCCUCUGGAGUCAUCAGAAAGUUCUGAUGAGGACUCUGCUUCAGGGAGCCGAAGAACCAAGCUGCAGACUGAGUUACAGGCCAAUGCUGACUCAAACGACAGUGGCUCUUCCUCAGACAAUUGUGUCAUUGUUGGGUACGUGAAGCCGCUGGCUGAGAGGACCCCAGAAGUGGUCGAGCUGUCCUCUGACUCUGAGGAGUCCAUCAAGGAAGAGAAAAGGGAAGAGGUCAAGAAACAGCGACCAGUCCAGUGUCACAGCUGGAGUGACAGUGAACCAAGCAGGAGCUUCUCACCACAUUCCCCAACAUACAGGGAGGCUGUAGGAGGUUGCAGAAAUUAGAUACAGUGCCAUUAA